UUGUGAGUAAACUAAUGACUUAUAGACAUUUGUAGAUUCAGCAACACACAAAAAAAAACCACUACAACUUGAUAACUAUUCCAUUUGAAGGCUGAUUCAUUUCCCCCAUUCAAUCGAUUGUGACGGGAUAGAUUUGGUUAUCCUGUGCCGAAUCUGUGCUAAGUUUAGUUUUGAAAAUUACUACGAAUUUAGAAUUACCAGAAUUGUUUGAUGGACGCCAUAGUUGGAGAAUCAUAUGUGUCAAGAAAAGAUCGAAAUAAUAAGGUUUUAGAUGAAGGCGGAUCUAGUGAUAAGAGUCCUCGCAAAAAUCCAAAAUCAACUAGUAGGCGUCAGCCGGAAACAACAUAUGGCGGAAUGGAUGAAAGACAACCGAAUGUUGUUAAUGAAAGUGAGGAGGUAGUAAUACGCGAUGGCCGAAGUGGAAACAGUGGACACAGUGGUGAUCGCCAUCAAGGUGGUCCAAGCCAUCCAGAACCUGUUGACGAAGAAGAAGAAGGCCUUAAAUACGGUGCUCAGCAUGUGAUCAAAUUAUUUGCACCAGUUUCAUUGUGUAUGCUGGUCGUUGUAGCCACAAUCAAUUCGGUUAACUUCUACAAUACAAAAGAUGUGUAUUUGAUUUACACACCAUUUCAUGAACUACAUCCGGAUACUGGCAUGAAAAUUCGGGAUGCACUAUUCAAUUCACUGAUUUUAAUGACGUUCAUCGUCAUUAUGACCAUCUUAUUGAUUUUUUUGUACAAAAAACGUUGCUACAAAAUCAUUCACGGAUGGCUUAUGCUUUCUUCCUUUCUAUUACUAUUCAUUUUCAGCUAUCUGUAUAUAGAAGAGCUCCUCAGAGCAUAUAAUAUUCCAAUGGAUUACAUUACAGCACUGAUGAUAAUGUGGAACUUUGGAGUCUGUGGAAUGAUGUCAAUUCAUUGGCAAGGACCACUCCGGCUACAACAAGCAUAUUUAAUAUUUGUAGCUGCAUUGAUGGCGUUAGUUUUCAUAAAAUAUUUACCUGAAGUAACAACAUGGGUUGUUUUGGCUGUGAUUUCAAUUUGGGAUUUGAUUGCCGUACUAUCGCCAAAGGGUCCACUUCGUGUGCUCGUUGAAACAGCACAAGAACGUAAUGAACAAAUUUUUCCAGCAUUAAUUUAUUCCUCAACGGUUGCUUAUUCGAUUAUGACCACAACUGAAUCAACGGAUGCUGAAACUGGUGAAAGAAACGAGAGCAGAAGACGUCAAUCGGAACGUACAGCUUCAUCUGCAGAAGGUACGGAUUUUCAAAUGGUCACGUUUAAAGAGAAUGGAACGAGUAAUGCUGGAUUCUCCCAAGAAUGGACAUCAACCAGUGAAGAACGUUCACGACAACGUCAAGUUGAAGUUCAAGCCAAUAUUGCAAGCAAUCCAAAUCGUCCGACUGAAUAUCGUACGGUUGCAGCGCCACAAGCACAACCACAUCCAGAAUUGGAGGCCGAAGAACGUGGCAUUAAGCUUGGAUUGGGCGAUUUUAUCUUCUAUUCGGUUCUUGUUGGCAAAGCAUCAAGUUAUGGUGAUUGGAAUACAACUAUUGCAUGUUUCGUUGCAAUUUUGAUUGGUUUAUGCCUGACACUGUUAUUGCUUGCUAUUUGUCGUAAGGCGCUACCAGCUUUACCGAUAUCAAUAUUUUUCGGAUUAUUGUUCUGUUUCGCCACAAGUGCAUUGGUUAAACCAUUUACCGAUCAUCUUUCUGCCGAACAAGCAUUCAUUUAACAUUUGGAUCUAUAAAUCAUACAUUUUCUAAAAAAAAAAACAAUUAAAAUUAAGCGAGUAUAUCUGAACUAAUUUAGGCCCACUAAUAUUAUUAAUAUUUGAAGACAAAAAAAUAUAAAAAACCCGUCAAUUUAAAUUAUCAUUCGUGAAAAAACAGGAGAGAAAGAAUUGGUCAACGUUAUUUAAAAAAAAAGAACUAUUUAACCUUCAUUAUUAUUACCACCAAAAUUAUGACUACAGUAUUUGCAAAAGAGAAAAUAGAUAAAGAGAGA